AUGACGAGACCCAAUGGAGGCGUUUCGGGAGAUGUUGCUGGAUUUGGUCCUGUUGGGACACGCCUUUUGGUGCCUAAACUUGAGGGAGGGCUUUCAGGAGAUGUUGUUGGAUUUGGACCAGUUGGGACACGCCUUUUGGUGCCUAAACUUGAGGGAGGGCUUUCAGGAGAUGUUGCUGGAUUUGGACCAGUUGGGACACGCCUCUUCAUGCCUAGACCCAAUGGAGGCAUUUCAGGAGAUGUUGCUGGAUUUGGACCAGUUGGGACACGCCUCUUUGUGCCUAGGCCCAAUGGAGGCGUUUCAGGAGAUGUUGCUGGAUUUGGACCAGUUGGGACACGCCUCUUCAUGACGAGACCCAAUGGAGGCGUUUCGGGAGAUGUUGCUGGAUUUGGUCCUGUUGGGACACGCCUUUUGGUGCCUAAACUUGAGGGAGGGCUUUCAGGAGAUGUUGCUGGAUUUGGACCAGUUGGGACACGCCUCUUGGUGCCUAGACCCAAUGGAGGCAUUUCGGGAGAUGUUGCUGGAUUUGGUCCUGUUGGGACACGCCUCUUCGUGCCUAGACCCAAUGGAGGCGUUUCAGGAGAUGUUGCUGGAUUUGGUCCAGUUGGGACACGCCUCUUAGUGCCUAGACCCAAUGGAGGCAUUUCAGGAGAUGUUGCUGGAUUUGGUCCUGUUGGAGAUGUUGCUGGAUUUGGACCAGUUGGGACACGCCUCUUUGUGCCUAGACACAAUGGAGGCGUUUCAGGAGAUGUUGCUGGAUUUGGACCAGUUGGAACACGCCUCUUCAUGCCUAGACCCAAUGGAGGCGUUUCGGGAGAUGUUGCUGGAUUUGGUCCAGUUGGGACACGCCUCUUCGUGCCUAGACCCAAUGGAGGCGUUUCGGGAGAUGUUGCUGGAUUUGGUCCAGUUGGGACACGCCUCUUCGUGCCUAGACCCAAUGGAGGCGUUUCGGGAGAUGUUGCUGGAUUUGGUCCAGUUGGGACACGUCUUUUGGUGCCUAAACUUGAGGGAGGGCUUUCAGGAGAUGUUGUUGGAUUUGGGCCAGUUGGCACACGCCUCUUAGUGCCUGGACGCAAUGGAGGUGUUUCGGGAGAUGUUGCUGGAUUUGGACCAGUUGGGACACGCCUCUUCGUGCCUAGACCCAAUGGAGGCGUUUCAGGAGAUGUUGCUGGAUUUGGUCCAGUUGGGACACGCCUCUUAGUGCCUAGACCCAAUGGAGGCAUUUCAGGAGAUGUUGCUGGAUUUGGUAUUGUUGGUACACGUCUUUUGAGACCCAAAGAAAGCACAUUGCCACUCUCAUCCCACUUUGCCUCGAGACCAUUGAGAUUGGACAAAAUACCAAUCACAGAGAUCAACAAGAAGGCAUAA